GCGCCAAAGUUACGUUGGGAGGAUCAAAUUGGCCCAGUUCGACACAGCUUCGACGGCUAAAAGGAUAAUUGUAGCGACAGAGGAGAAUGUUUUGGCUGCUCUAAACUUGAAAACUGGCCAAGUAGUAUGGCGACAAAUGCUGGAGAGCGCCUCAGCAGGCAACAUCCAAAUGCUGUACAUCACCCCGCAGUCAACUAGCGCAGACCAGGCCGUCACUGUGUCUGGCUCCAACCCUUACCUUGCCAGGGGCUGGGAUGUUGCAUCAGGCGUUCUAAUGUGGGAGUACUCUAUCACGCUCCAAGAUGAGUCCCGAGGUGAUUUCUCAGAAUGGUGGCUGUCGAACUACAAACUGAGACACUUGCUACCUUAUUACGGCUCCCACAUUGAGGUCACCAAUUACGCCGUGGCGUCGGGACAACAUGAGGGCAAGUCGUAUAAGAUACCCGCUGCUUGGAUUAAUGAGGGGUGCAUCUUCACACCACCGUAUUAUUCGUGCGUGUCAGGCGGUAACCUCAUCAGUCUGGACGUCACAUCGGACAUGCCGAAGUUGAUCACAAAGCCGCUUACGAAUUUUGUGGGUGAAGACUCUCCAGGUAAUCUUGUGCCACUGGCCGGUAACAGCUACUGUCCCGGGUUCAUAAUCGACGAACGCAAAAUUGUAGUAAUAAGGAACGAGGAUUUCGAGCAAGUGCCGGUCGCGCUUGCAGACCCCACUGCCAGCGUUACAAUAUUGGACUCAUAUUCUGGACCUAUGGUGCUGCAAGCGUGGACUGAUUAUGUUAAG